AUGCAAGAAAUGGAAAACCCAAAGGCUUCAACAGAUCAUCAGCUUGAGCCAAGGGAUACUUACAGAGUUGCUUAUGUAAUCCAUUUCUUGCUUGGUGCAGGCAACUUGCUUCCGUGGAAUGCUUUCAUCACGGCUGUUGAUUACUUCGGUUAUCUCUACCCUGCCAAGCAUGUCGAAAAGGUUUUCUCCGUGGGUUACAUGAGCACCUCGGUGCUGGUUUUAGUUGUUAUGAUGAGUUCGGGUUCGUGCUGCGGGACAAAUCUGGCUCUGACUCGUAGGUUUAGACUGAACAUGGGGUUUUCCACGUUUCUUCUCUCCCUAAUGGUGGCUCCGACUAUAGACUGGGUGUGGCAGGGUGGUUGGUCUGAAGAGAAACAAAGUGCAGCCUAUUUCAUGACGGUCACAGCCGUUGUAAUAUGCGGUUUAGCGGAUGGAUUGAUAGCAGGGAGCUUGAUAGGAUCAGCUGGAAAGCUUCCAAAACAGUACAUGCAGGCUAUUUUUGCUGGAACUGCCUCUUCAGGUGUGCUGGUUUCAAUCCUGCGAAUAACAACUAAGGCUUCACUUCCGCAAACCCCAGCGGGCCUGCGAGCAAGUGCUCACUUCUACUUUAUAGUCAGUGCAACUAUCCAGCUUUGUUGCAUUCUUUGCUGCAAUUUGCUAUACAAGUUACCAGUUAUGCAACAGCAUUACAGGAUUCUUGGAGAUGACCCAUUUUGCUCCAGCCCACAGUUUUGGACCGUGGCGAGAAAGAUCUGCUGGCCAGCACUUGGGAUUCUCAUGAUUUACGUAGUGACCCUGUCGAUUUUCCCUGGAUUUAUAGCUGAGAAUCUGGAGUCGAAAUUUCUACGAGACUGGUAUCCUGUUUUACUGAUCACAGUGUAUAAUGUGGCAGAUUUCAUGGGAAAGUCUCUGACCGCAAUAUAUGUUCUACAGAGCAUUAAGAAAGCUACAUGGGCUUGCAUAUCCAGGCUUUUAUUUUAUCCACUUUUCACCGCUUGCCUCCACGGACCGAAGUGGCUUAAGGGUGAAAUACCAGUAGUGGUGCUUACAUUUAUGCUCGGACUGACUAAUGGAUACCUAACAAGCGUGUUGAUGAUCCUAGCCCCCAAGACUGUACCAGUGUCAGAAGCAGAAUUAUCUGCAAUCGUGCUGGUUGUGUUCCUGGGGAUCGGUUUGGUCGGUGGCUCAGUUCUUGGUUGGUUUUGGAUCAUUUGAUCCCCUUCCUCAGCUCCCCUUGUCUCCCAACAGCUAGUUUUCCUUGCAAAAGGAAAAAAAAAGCUUUCCCUUCAUGUGCUCCCCAAUCUGUGAAAAACACCAGAAGGAAAAAAUCCACGAUCUAUCAAAAAAAUCUGGGUGGUAUCUUCUUUAGCUACACCAUACAUGAGUAAUUAAUUUGAUCACAGUUUUCCUUCAUUUUUUUUUUCUGCAAAGAAAAGAAAGAACUCAUAAAGUUGGAUUAAGGCACAAUCUUUGAUUAAUUAAGUCAAAAAGAUAACGUGAAAAGAAUUGAAUAUUCUCGCCUGCACAAAGUUUAAUACGAUCCCAAAGGCAAUGAAUAAUAACAAAACAACCAAAAAGGAGAAUACAAAUAAAAAACAGUGGUUUUUGUCUUUUAAUCUUUUGAUAACAUCAACAACAGGGAAUCUUUUUACAAAUGAUAAUCAUCAAUAACCUGAAUUCACAAAAAGGAAUCAAAAUAGAUGGAUUAAAAAAAAGAAACAAGAACAUUUCACUGGAAGAUUUAUUUUUCAUAUAUUAUUUAUAUUCCCUUUUACAUUAUAUGGUACCACCAAGGAUGAGAAAAGGCAAAACAGAGUUCUCAAUAACUACACAUAAUUCACUCAUAUCAUUUCUACUUAAAAACAAAGAAAAAGGUAAUAUGAACAAAAAAAGUCAGAAAAAUAGCUAAAUAUACAAGCCAUGUCAGAGAAGGAUCUUAAGAAGCAGCAGUCAAAGGUGGAGGCAUUGAAGAAACUCCAUGGAUAAAGCUUGGCUCUGGUACUUCACUAAAAUUUUCCCCAUCUUCUUCUUCCUCAGCAUCCCAAAGAAACCUUGCAUAUGAUGCUAGCACAAAACUGCAAAUUUUCAUCAAAACAAAGAUGACAAUUUUCAAUCAAUCAUUGUGUGGUUGAACAUAAACGAUUAAACCCAUUGUUUAGAAUUUAGUUUUCUUGGGGAAGGAGGGAUUUACCAGUCAUCAGGAGCUGCUUUAACAGCUUGAUCGAAGUAAGUUUCAGCUCUGGAACUAUCUUUGUGAGUUUCCCAGAUUAAAUCAGCAUACAUAGAUAGGACAUUCCCGUCAAUUGGAUUAGCCAAGAUCGCCCUCCCGCAGUAUUCCUCGGCUUUCACGAAAUCCCCACGAACCUGUCCGGUUU